AUGCGACUAUCACUCGUCUUUGGGAGUAUAUUCCUCCUGGCAGUGUUUCUCUUGGUGAACAUCAAAUAUCGCCGAGGUCUUAAACAGGUGCCAGGGCCGUUCUUGGCUAGCAUAUCUCCUCUAGAUCGACUCAUCACCUCUGCUUCAGGCCGACAAUUUAAAAAACAUCUGGAAUAUCAUGAGAAGUACGGACCGGUAGUCCGUGUCGGUCCGAAUCAAGUCUCCUUCUCAAAUGCGGAUUUGAUCCCACAAGUCUAUGGUAUCACCAGCCGUUUUUACAAGAGUAACUUCUACUCAACAUUCGACGUGAAAACGAAACAGGGCACGCCAUUCCCCACAGUAUUUUCUGUCCGUGAUGAGAAGCAGCACAAGGCUCUAAAGAGACCUGUCGCCGGUGCAUAUUCGAUGAGCACACUGGUCGAACUUGAGCCAAUGACUGAUGAUUGCAUCGAAAUCCUGCAGAGAAAGUUCGAUGGAAUGCAAGGUAAAGACUUCGACCUUGGAGAAUGGCUUCAGUGGUACUCGUUCGACGUUAUCACAUCUAUCACUUUCUCCAACUGUAUGGGGUUCAUGGAGCAAGAGAAGGAUGUCCAAGGCGUGAUUGAAGCUAUCGAAGGCCGAUUACUAUACAACUCUGUCAUUGGUGAAGCUCCAUACCUCCAUAAAUUCCUGCUGGGCAAUCCUCUUGUCGCACGACUUGUACCGUGGAUACCAGCACUUGCAUGGUUGAACUCGUCUUCACACGUGCUUCGUUUUGCAGCAAAGCAGCUUGAACGUUACAGUGUUCGAGAUAAGUCUCUCGACUCGUUACGGGAUAUGCUGUCUAGAUUUCGACGGUCCCGAGACGGGGAAGAGGUCAUGUCAAAUGAUGAGCUGCAGAGCCAUGCCGCGAGCAACAUCCUCGCCGGAAGUGAUACCACAGCGAUCUCACUUAGGUCGAUGUUCUACUACUUGUGCAAGAAUCCACGGUGCUACAACCUUCUCCGAGAUGAGAUCGAUCGCAUGGAAGACUCUGGUGACCUGUCGCCGAUUGUAACCUUUGCGGAAGCGAACCGCAUGCCGUACCUGCAAGCUUGCAUGAAAGAAGCCAUGCGGUUACACCCUGCGGUAGGCAUGUUGCUCGAGCGUAUCGUUCCAGCCGAAGGCUUUGAGGUUGCUCCCGGUGUUCAUCUUCCCGCAGGCACAAUCGUUGGCAUCAAUCCAUGGAUUCCAAGUCGUGACAAGUUGGUCUAUGGUCCAGACGCUGAACAGUUCAGACCGGAGAGAUGGCUCGAGGCGGAUGAGGCGACUCUAAAACUAAUGGAGAGGAAUUUCCUGGCGUUCGGUGCCGGGGCUAGAACCUGUCUGGGGAAGAACAUCUCCCUCCUCGAGAUGUCGAAGCUUGUUCCUCAAGUCAUUCGCAAGUAUCACCUCGAGCUGUCGGAUCCCAAGGCUGAUUGGGUUUUGACGGAUCACUGGUUUGUGAAGCAGACCAAUCUUAUCUCUUUGACUCGCCCCGAAUACCUGGACAUGAACCGUCUGAGCCGCAAUCAUCUCCACUACCAUAACAUCACAACCGCAGCAAAGCAGCUCGCACUAAAACAACAUCAACAAGCCACAACCACUGGCACCCUGACGACGACUCGCACAUUCCGCUCCUGCAGCCCGCCCUUGAAGAUGGCCGCGCAAAAGGACUGGAGCGCCGCGCAGUACCUCAAGUUCGAGGCGGAGCGCACACGGCCGUCGCGCGACCUGCUGGCCCAGGUUCCGCUCACAUCCCCCCAAUCCAUCGUCGACUUGGGAUGCGGGCCGGGAAACUCCACCGAGGUGGUGGCGGCGCACUUCCCGUCUGCGAAGAUCGCGGGCAUGGAUUCGUCGCCCGACAUGAUCGCGAAAGCCCGGACGACGCUGCCCGACGUGCAGUUCACCGUCGGCGACCUGCAGAGCUACACGCCCGACGGGCCCGUCGAUCUGUUCUUCAGCAAUGCCGUGUUCCAGUGGCUCGGGGCGGAGGAGCGGAUUCGUGUGAUCAAGGGCCUGUUUGAGAAGCAGGCCUCUGGGGGCGUCUUUGCGUUCCAGGUCCCAGACAAUUUCGACGAGCCGUCCCACAGCGCGAUGAGGAGUGUCGCGGCCGAUGGGCCCUGGGCCGAGACGUUGCAGCGCCUGCAGCCUGCGCGGGACUACAUGCAGACUCCGCAGGAGUUCUACGAUGCGUUUGCGCCGUUGUCUGCCGAGCUGAAUAUUUGGCACUCGCAUUAUCAACACGUGUUGGCGAGUCAUGAGGCGGUGGUGGAGUGGGUCAAGGGCACUGGCUUGAGGCCGUUCAUUGAUCCUUUGACCCCGGAGCAGAGGGAUGGGUUUCUCGACAAGUACUUGCAGAAGAUCAAGGACCUGUAUCCUGUCUCGGUCGACGGUAAGGUCCUCUUGCGAUAUCCACGACUGUUUGUGGUUGCGGUUCGCAAGUGA